CAUUACUGGUGUCAUAUUAGGGCGCUAAAUUACAACUUUGACACUUACCUUUCUCGAGAAAUUCCACAAAUCUCGUCAACUGAACAAGAUGGCGGCGCGCAAUCCUGGAACCGAACUUGAUCUUGAAUGGGUUGAAAGUGUGCGAGUGAAUAAACCAGCAUGCUUCAGGAGAGCAGAGGAAUUGAAAGUGAGAAGAGGGGUCAAGAAAAAUACUCAGAUUGCAUGGUUGCUAAAGGCGAUGACCUGCAUUGACCUGACAACCUUGUCAGGUGACGACACAGAGACCAAUGUGGAGAGACUUUGUUUCAAGGCAAAGCAACCAAUCAGGACUGACCUUCUUGAAGCUGUUGGCAUGCAAGACAGAGGUCUGACAGUCGGAGCAAUCUGUGUGUACCCGGCUAGAGUCGCUGAUGCAGUCAAAACGCUGAAAAGACUGGGAGCAUCUCACAUCCCUGUAGCAUCAGUUGCUACUGGUUUUCCUGCCGGCCAGACACAUUUCAAGACAAGAGUUGAGGAAAUCAAAAUGGCCGUAGAGGAUGGAGCGAGAGAAAUCGACAUUGUCAUCAACAGAGCCUAUGCCUUGGCAGGAAACUGGAAAGGUGUGUAUGAGGAAGUCAGAGCCUUCCGUGAUGCUUGCGGACCAGCUCAUAUGAAGACUAUCUUAGCCACUGGUGAACUAGGCUCAUUGGUGAAUGUGUACAAGGCAAGCCUAGUGGCUAUGAUGGCAGGCUCCGAUUUCAUCAAAACAUCAACCGGCAAAGAGGGAGUGAAUGCCAUACUGCCUGUUGGUUUGGUUAUGGUUAGAGCUAUCCGAGAUUACUACAAGAAGACAGGAUACAAGGUGGGUUUCAAACCAGCUGGUGGCAUACGCACAGCUAAGGAUUCCUGCACAUGGUUGGCUCUGAUGAAGGAAGAGCUAGGGAAUGAUUGGUUGACCCCUGACCUUUUCCGUCUAGGUGCCAGCUCAUUGUUGGGUGACAUUGAGAGACAAGUCUUCCAUGGAGUAACUGGUAGAUAUGCAGCGGCAUAUGAAUUUGCUAUGGCCUAGAGGUACUUCCAUCUUUGGUUUGCAGCCUUCAGUACAAAGUUUGGUUUCUGAAAUGAGUCUUAAAUAUUUAUGGACCAUUCGCAAGCGAUGUAUGCUGAAUGUUCCAAAGUUAACUUUGAAUCAUCUGCAGAACUGGCAUCUUCGAAAGAUGUAUAUGAAAUAUGUUAGGCAUUCUGGAAAAAUGAGACAGAACUGGGCAGAUGUCAAAAUGAGGGUUGGUGGGUAUUAGGAAAGAGAAUAAAGUUCCCCUUAUUCGGACAUUUCUUUGACUUAGUUAUGGUUGUUUAAAGUGUCAAAAACGUAAAAUACUGAGAAAAAGGACUUUGAAGUUUCAAGUUUUGUAGUCGUGCAAGUAAAAUGCCUCCCCCCCCCCCCUUUAAAACUAUUUUAUUCAAGUUUUAUACUAUUUUUUUUUUAAAUAUGUGUAGUAGAUUUAUCAAAGAUUACAAAUAUCAGUACAUCUGACAGUUGGAAAAAAAUUACCCCCAUUUUUUUGCAUUUGUCUCCACUACCGCCUGUGCCCAAUUCCGUCUCAUAUUGCCAGGAUGCCUUACACAUUUGAAAGCUAAAAUUACAGGAGUGCCAAGUAAAAUGUGGUGAUAUUUCUCCCCUAUUCAAAGCUGAAUAUCAGUGCACAUUGAAAACUGCAUGUGGUGCCUUCAAUCUGAAUAAAAAAAAGAAAAAGAAAAAGAGUUAAAGUUACUGCAGUUUCUGCUCAGGAAGGAUCGUGGAAGUCUGUUUGAUACACAGUAUGUGAAUGAUAUAAACCUCUUCACAAUUUUGAAAGAUAAAUGUAUUCUUUUAAAGUUGAUGUCGAAUGCAAAGAACCAAUUUCACAACUAGUGAAUACUUGAGAGUUUAUGUGGUUUUUAAAAUCAAAAUUGGUACGAAUUUUGUAAAUACAGUUUGAAGAAAUAUGUUUUGAUGUUUUUUGUUUUAAGUUUCAGUAUAUUUGUUUUUCUCUACCAAUGAUAAUGUUUGUUUCAUUCAAAAGCUUGUAAUGGUGGUUAAUGUAGUUUCAUAUAAAUUUUAUCAAAAUUAAAGGAUUGUUGUUACGGCUUUUAUUAGGCUUAUAUAUUGAAUGGGAGACUUUUGAAACGUUGGUGGCAGCAAACACACCGGUCUUUUUCAAUUGUUUUACGUCAUGUUUAAGCUAAAGCGCGCAUGCUCAAUAUGACGCAAUCAAUGGAGAAAGGACCGGUGUGUUUUUUGCCACCAACGUCUCAAAAGUUUUAAAAGGAAUGUCUUCGAAUGGGUGAAGUGAAUUGUGUGAUUAAAUGACAAACAUACCACAUUUAAAGACUUCAUGAAUUCAGCAAUUAUAUGUUUAUUUGGACCAUAUAUUCUUUAUAACUUUAUCAGGCUUAAAAACAGUGUCAAACUGUGACAUAUAUAUUGUAAAAAGAAAUCAUGAAUAAAAAUUGAAUUUCCAUUUUAA